AUGAUACAGCCGCAACAACAAACAUACUACGAAAUACUAAACAUCCCAUCAACAGCAACCCAAGAUCAAAUCAAAGCCGCUUACAAAGCAAAACUACUAGCAACUCACCCCGAUAAAACAACAUCCAUCACCACAGCACCUACAACAACACCAAUCACAGCUACCCCUGAUAUCAACUUGAUAUUGACUGCAUACACAACCCUCUCAUCACCACAACUACGAUCACAAUACGACUCAAAUUUACAAACACAAUCGAAAAUUAAUGGCUUUAAUUUGACUGGUGACGGAUUGGAUUCGUUUACAUUGGACGAUUUUGAAUGCGUGGAAGUGGAUACCGACAGUGCUACUGAAGAUUCAACUACAACUACAACCACAGCUACUACAGCUUCACCUGAGCUACGGUUUGUCAAGACGUGUCCAAGAUGUCAAUGUGAGCAAGGAAUGGUUUUAACUGAAGAUGAUUUGAUCAAAAAGGGAACCAAAUGCAAUGAUGAAGAUGGUAGAUUCGAUAUAAUUGUUCAAUGCAAUAGUUGUAGUUUAUGGAUACAUGUUAGAUACUAUGAAGAAGUAGAGUGUUAG